GCUCUGAAGACACUCAGACGUUUAACAGAUCAACAGCUCACUGCUCACACUGCCGACAUGAAGGUUGUGGUCCUGUUUGCUCUUUUGAGUGGGGUCUUUGCUGCCCCAUUCAUGAAAGAAGAGGAGGCAAAGCGAUUCAUCAGGCUGAAGAGACAGUCAGGAUACUGGGAUCCAUACCACUCUCAGAACCAGUGGGGUUACACCAUUCAAGAACAGGCUAAUGAGUACUGGACAGCCCUUCGAGCAGAUGCUCAGUACUACAUGGACAUGGGUAACCUGAUGUUUGACCCCUCUGUGGCUAAUGAAAACAACAGGCUGUAUAUGGAGAUGCUGCGUAAUGCACGGGCUCACCUGGACAGCCAGACAGGUCGUCACAAAUAGAAAAUGAAGAAGAAGGAAACUGAGGAUAUGAUAAACAUUAUUUGUUAGUGUAGGCCUCAGUUGAAAUAUGAAAAAAAACAUACAUUACACAUUUAUUGCAAUGUUUAGAUGUUUAAGUUCUGUAAGAUUUACCGCAUUUACACAUACACACACACACACACACACACACAAACGUUUUAUAUACUCAAAUGAAUUUGAGUUGUUUUUAUGAAAGUGUUCUUUUAGAAUACUAUUGCCUGCAAACUCAAUAUCCUCAACACAUCUUGCAUGGUGCUUUCUUUUGGUGGUUUGACUGUUGUUUGUUGCUGUCUUUGUUUACCACUAGGUGGUGCUGCCAUCUGUGGAUAUUCUUAACAUCCACAAUAUUUCUAUUUAUAAUACUAUGAAAAAAAAGGCAUGUAAUUUCAUGGUAAUAUAAGUAAUUGUGUGUGACUGGAUUGUUUCACAUUUUCAUCCAAUUUUACAUACAAUAUGAUGGACAACUUUAAUUUUCUUUGCACAAAACAGAGAUACACAGGUUAUUAAGUAAGACAAAUAAAGAACUGUGUAUUCAAAACGACUUUAUUAGUGUGAUAAAGUUCAUCUGAACAAUACAAACAAUGUACUUUUGAGGAUUGUGUACUUUAGCGUGGCGAUGUCAAUAAAGUUUUCUAUAUUUAUUACACUUUUUAUUAUAUAUCUUGAA